CCCCCCCCCCCCCCCCCCCCCUCUCUCUCUCUCUCUCUGUAUAUAUAUAUAUAUAUAUGACGGUGAUGAUGAUCACAGAACUCCAUCUAUAUAUUAACUCCCCUUCUCUUCUUCUCUUCAGAGUACAAUAUCUUCUCCUUCACAAAAAGCAUCGUCCGAUAAAUGUCGAGGAAAUCAAGCAACCGCGUUUGUUUCAGUCCUGACAUGAACGAUACUAACCCUACGAUCUUCGUCAAGCAUCACAUGCAUCCUUGCACUCUGAAUAGGAAGCCAAGCAGCGGAGGGGCUUGGGCGUUCAGGUUGGUCUCAAGAGACUUGCAUCUUUCACGAUCACCCGUUCAGUUCUUCCGGCGGCUCGGGGACAAGACCGCGAAAGUCUUGAGGCUUGUUUACUCUCAGAGGUCGUCGAGGAAAGUGUCCUCAUCCGCAGGUCAUGCUACACUUGUGAGGUCGCGAUCGCUCGUGGACCAGACUGAGUCCCAUCGAGCCGAAGCCAUCGAGGACUGCAUCGAGUUUCUCAACUCCUACUCGUCUCUCCACAGGUCAAGCUCGGUCUCCCUGAGCACUUGUUGAUCGACGACCAUCAUAUCCGGGCUAGCUUGGCGAUCAAUUGAUCAAACGCCUGAUUUGAUUUGAUUUGAUUUUGAUCAUGUAUUAUACUGGAGAUUGUGUCCCAGAGAUAGUAGGUGCAGUUGAUGUUCGCCGUGGACGUCACUCGAGAAUAGUAGUUCGGAUGAGUUAGCGUAGUAAGUUGAUGUGUGAACCUCAACAAUCAUACCUUGUAAUCAAAGCAAAAUCAUUGUCAAAGUGAAUACGAUGCUUGUCCCUAAACA